UUUGGCAACAAUUUGAUUCGAAACACAAACAAAAACAAAAUGAGACAUAUUUGGUCGUAGUAGAUUUAAUCCUGUUGCGUUUUCUAAAUUUAAUUUGAAAUUGAAUUUAAAACUAUGUUAUUAUGUCAGUAUCACUAAUAUCUCUGAUAUUAGAAGUUGCAGAAGAUUUUAAUACCCUUCCACAUUUACAUUUUACAGCUUCAAGGCAAAAAAGAAUUAUGGCUUCAAGUAAUGAUCCAAAUAAAGUUAAAGUGGGUUAUGGAGAAGAGGAGAAAAACUAUAACUUUUCUUCCCAAAGCAAAUGUAGAGGAUCACGGGAGCUGAAGGAGAUGGCUGUUGAAACGUUUUCCAAAAAAGAAAUUGGAUCUCAAACUGUUUCAAGUGACUUUUCGGAAGAUACGACUAAAAUUCAGGAUGAAGGAAAUUUAGCUAUCUCUAAGGAAUCUGUUAAAGUAGAAUCAACUCUGAAACCUGUAUCUGUUGUCAAGCCUACAAAGCUUAAAGUGACUGAGAAACGACAGAAUCAAAAUGGAAAAAAAUCCAAAUCAGAAACAUCUCCAAAAGAAAAACAAAAACUCAAAACUAAUGAUGAUCUAAAAAACACUGAUAAAGAGUUAUCUACACCUUCAGACAAAACUUCUGACAAUGUGGGAAUUGAAGAAAGCAAAGUUAUUCCUGUGGAAGUUGUGACUAAAGAUUCAAAAGUAGAGAAUAUUAGUAUUGGUGACAACAUUUCUAUGUUGGAUGUUGAUAAAAGAAACAGACUUCAUCAUUCCUUACCUAUUCCAUUCUCUUCUGGGAAUCAUUUUGUGGAAGUAACUAAGGGUUUACUUCAUUUAUAUAAAGAUAACCAAAGAACAACACUUGCAGAAGAAGCUGAGAGAAGUGAAAUGAUUUGUAUUUUAGCUGUGCCUGCUGCAAUGACAACUCAUGAUCUUCUACAAUUUAUUGCACCAGUCUAUGAGGAUGUGGAAAAUAUUAGAAUUAUAAAGGAAAAUAAGCCCAAUCAGUAUAUGGUGCUCAUAAAGUUUAGAAAUCAAUUAUCUGCUGAUCUAUUUUAUAAAAAUUUCAAUGGAGAACGUUUUAAUAGCAUAGAGCCUGAAGUCUGUCAUCUUGCUUUUGUUGCUAAAGUUGAAACAAUAAAAGAAUCGGAGAUAUCUUGCUUACCUUUGCCUGGCACAACAGAACUUCCAACUUGUCCUGUUUGCUUAGAAAGAAUGGAUGAGUCAGUGGAGGGUAUUUUAACUAUUCUGUGUAACCAUUCAUUUCAUGGUAGUUGUUUAGCUAAGUGGGGUGAUACAAGCUGUCCUGUUUGCCGUUAUAGUCAAACUCCUGAGCUUAUGCCUGAUAACCGUUGUGUAGAAUGUGGAUCACAAGAAAGUUUAUGGAUAUGCCUUAUUUGUGGUCAUAUUGGUUGUGGUCGAUAUGUAGAUGGACAUGCAUAUCACCAUUAUUUAGAUACACAACACACUUAUGCUAUGCAGUUAGGCAAUAGCCGGGUUUGGGAUUAUGCUGGAGACAAUUAUGUACACCGUUUGAUUCAAAAUAAAGCUGAUGGUAAACCUGUUGAGCUUGAACCUCUGUGGGUGGAAAAUGAAGAGAAAAUGGAUUCAAUGCAACUAGAGUAUACUUAUCUAUUGACAAGUCAGCUGGAAGCUCAGAGACACUACUUUGAAGAUCGCUUAACUAGAAUUGAAAGUGAAGCUCUUAAACAGCUGGAAGAAAUGAAAGAGAAAACAAAACAUGCAGUUGAUGAAAGAAAACAAUUAGAAGAAAAGCUCAAUAGAGUCACUAAAGAGAAACAAGCCCUAGACAAGAAAAUUACUCAACUUACAACUAAAUUAAAUCGUUUAGCUACUGAAUUCAAGGAUGAAAAAGAGAUGAACAAGUGCCUUAGGCAGAAUCAAACAUUGUGGCAACAAAAAUUAAAUGCAGCUGAGAAAGGUGUUAAAGAAAAAGAUAAAGAAAUUUUAGACUUGCAAGAUCAAUUGCGUGAUCUGAUGUUUUAUUUUGAAGCUAAAGAUAAACUUCAAGAUGUGCCUAAUAUAUCAAGUCAAGAAAUUCAAGAAGGUCAAAUUGUUAUUGGAGAAGCAUCUGGCACAUCUGAACCUUCUAAAACCCGAAAGAAAAAAAAUCGCUAAAAUUGGAUGAAAAAUAACUUUAAAAUGUUAUAGACUAAAACCAAAAAUAAAACUAUAAUAAUCUAAAUAUUUUAACAUUUAAUUAUAUUUUUACAGUAUUUUCUUUCAAUUUAAAUAUUUUUUUAUGUACUUUUUAUUAAAACUGGAUAACUGCUCAAUGAUAUUUGCUGGCUUAAGUUUAAAAGUAUUGUACAAUAAAAUUUAAAACAUUAAAUAUUUUAUCAUGAAAUUGAAAUCAUUUCAGUACUUCAAGUUAUUUCAUUACUACAAUUUCCUGACUUUAUAGACUUUAUUUCCUGCCUUUUAUAGAGCAUUAGAGAAUCAACUUAAUUUUCAUAUGUGAAUAACUUUUAAAGUUAUGUAAUGUUUUGCUUAAUACAUAUUUUUAAAUGUGCAAUUAUAAGUAAAUGUUUUGAAUAAAAAGAUGUGUUCAGUAACAUUCCUAAAACAAUUUUAACAAAAUUAUAUUUAACCGAAAAUGCAAUUCAUUAUUGCAUACAGUACUUUGAAUUCUCAAUCUUCUUAAAAAUUUCAAUGCUUGCAUUAAGAAAUUUCCUUUCGUAAAGCAAUCUAAAUAUUUUUUGUAAAUUUAAAUAUAAUCUAAAUAUAGUAUUUUUUACUAUAAAAGUUAUUGAUAUGUUUUAAUUAUUUAGUUAAAAUUGAUGAAAUAAAGAAAAGCUUAUUAUAUACUUUUUGGUCAAAACUAAUGGAUGGUGUUUUCAAUAUAAAUGUAAAUAACAACAUCAAGCUCUUGGCCCUCUCUACUUCUGAUUAGAAAGUAUACAGCUUAUUCUGCAAAGCAAUAUUUUCAAACAGAUCAUUUUGUUUUUAAUAAAAGAAAUAAAUUAUAAAAUUUCUGAGCUAAAAUCUGCUGUGCUCAAAUCUGCUUUAUUAGGUAUUAAAGAUCAUAAGUAAUUCUGGAGGAAUUCUGCAGUGAAAAUUUGUUCUACUUAUUUAUAAAUGUAUUAUUAAAAAAGGUGACAUGGUUGCUAGAUUUAGAAAGAACUCGCUUUUUUGGUAGUCCUAAUUUGGCCCCUUUUACUACUUUAUUAAUGUUUGUUCUUGUUGCAUGCCAUGCACCAUCACACAUUAGUCUUAGCAUAUUGUUCUAGUAGCUAGAUCAAGUUCAUUUUACAAAUUAACAUUUAGGUUUAAAUUUUAAAGUUGGUAAAUUGUUGACAAGGCAAGAAUUGUUUUAUGUAACAAAACUUUUUUUCGAGUGACGAUUCUUACCCCUUGAAGUGACAGGUCAUCAAAUGACGAUUCUUAUAGGGAUUUUUUUUUAAACACAUAUAAUAAAUCGGGUAACAAAUACAUGUAUACAAGAAAUUCUACUCAAGAGUGUUUCAAAACACUAUGAUCACGUUGUGAACUUAAUGGUUUCAAAAUACGCAGGAAAAGUAACCCAGAAGUAUAGGCAGUAAGGAGCUUGCAGUGCACCCAAGUGUACAAAACACUAUCCAUUAAAACUUGAAAAUGUUGAUAGUUUGACCCUUUAUGUACAGCCAGGACUUAUUAGUCCCUCUAAAAUUUCCACAUAGCAUUGAACUAUCCAUUGGAACUUAUGAUUUUUCAUUUAUCAUUACUAAUUGACAACAUGAUUAUUUGAAGUUGAAAAUCACCUAUGGAACUAUUUAGUUGUUUAUAUUUCAUUCUAGAGUGCCAUUUUAUGAUUUCUUAAUUCUCAGCUUUCUAUCUAGAUCAAUUUCACAAAUAAGACUUUCAUGUUGUUUUUCAUGAUUCAUAAAAAUUUUAAACUACUUAUGAAACAAAAUAUUAAAUUCUAAUUAAAACUUGUAAUAUAAGUCUCAAAUUAAAAAUUUUAUGAAAAAUUAGAAAAUAUUUAAAAUUAAAAAAAUAUUUGCAAGUGUAAAAUAGUCAUUAGAUGGACAAAAAAGUUCACACAUUUUUGAUAAUUUUUUUUUUUUUUAACAUUUUGGUAAAUAAAGGGUUGAAACAUGAUUUUUUAAGUCAUUUUGAAACAUUUUUUUUUAAAUACUACAAAUAUGUUUUAGCUCAUACGUUCUGUAUGGUGCUGUAAAAUAUACAUGGUGCUUUCAAAAUUGCUAAAGGAAAAAAUAUUAAGUGUAUAUCAUAUAUUUUAUUUUAAAAUGUUUUCUCUGCUUUAUGUUUCUUAAAAUUCAGCUAUAUUAUCACACCCCAUGAGAACUCAGCUCCAGAAAAUCCUUAAUACAGUUAUAAAAUUGAUAUUAUUAUUAUUUUUUUUUUUGCAAGCUUAAAUAUUGAAUAGCAAUCAUUUCUUCCCUUUCGAUUUAAAAAAAAAAAAAGCUGCAUAAAUAAUAAUAUACUUUUUAAUUACUAUAGUAAGAAAAACCAAUGGUUUUAAAAUUAUCUUUUUUCAUUCCUAAAAGGAAAUAACCAUUUUUCAUUUUAUUAAAACAAAAAGUUCUAGGCUCUCACUUUUUUGACUACUUCUGAUAAGAAAACAAAGCAAACUUUUAAAGUAUUUAAUAUCUUAGCUUAAAAGAGAUUGCUUUAUUAUUACUUUUAUUUUAUUUACUUAUUUUUUUUGGAGGGGAAGAGGAUUUUUUAUGGUUCUUUUAUCAAAGCCUGUUUGGUGUAAUUUUUUUUUAAUAUAUAUAAAAAGUAUAUUUAAUAAUGAAAAUUUAUAGAUUUGGAUUCUUAAAAACAUUUACAAAAUCUUCUUCCAAACGGUCUCAUAAGAAUAUACUUGCAAUUAAAAAGUUAAAUGUAAUAAUCUCUAAUCAUUUGAUUAAUUUAAGAGCAAUAGAAAAUAAUUUGAGUUUAAAACUAGAUCUAAGAAUUUGGACAAUUCUAAUUUGCUAAGGUGUG